GUUUGCUACGUUAUUUACAUAAAUAUAAGUAAAUCAUAUUUCAGUUUUCUUAAAUGAAAUUGUAUCUAACAGACAUUACUAGAGUGUAGAGAUACGUUAGAUAUUACUCGGUUCCUAGCUAGCCUUUUUGUUUUCCCACCCGUUCUCUUGAUAUGUUUGUAAACUGGUUAUACCGGAUAAGGGGUGGGGAUUAAAAAGGAUCUCAGCUGUCUGAACUGAUCUCCCUCGGGUGCUGAUGUUGUGGGCGGAGCUGAGAUGUUAAUGGACGUCCCCCGGCACGCCCUGCUGCGCCCCCUGAGCCGUAGUGAAGUGUUGGGCCUCCUGGUGAGACUCGGCGUGUUUGGAGCGGUUACGUACUACAGCAUCAGAUGGGUGGUGGAGGCUCUGGACCCGACGCACAAGCAGAAGUCUAACGCUAAGAAGAGGGCUGAGCAGAUGAUGAGGAGCAUUGGGGUGGAGGGAGUGAGUCUGAACGAGUACGAGAUGAACAUCGCCGCCCUUCUGGUCAAUCCUCACAAUAUGAAGGUCACAUGGAGAGACGUUGCAGGUCUUGAUCAUGUCAUCACUGGGCUUCAAGAAUCCGUUAUCCUGCCUUUUCAGAAACGUCACCUGUUCCGGGGAUCUAAACUUUUACAGCCACCCAGAGGUGUUCUGUUAUACGGCCCGCCCGGCUGUGGGAAAACUUUAAUCGCCAAGGCAGCAGCCAAAGCCUCAGGCUGUCGCUUCAUCAACCUCCAGGUUUCCACUCUGACAGACAAGUGGUACGGAGAAUCGGAGAAGCUCGCCGCUGCUGUCUUUUCAUUGGCUGUUAAACUGCAGCCCUGCAUCAUCUUCAUCGAUGAAAUCGACUCGUUUCUGAGGAGUCGCUCCAGUUUGGAUCACGAGGUCACGGCAAUAAUGAAAACUCAGUUUAUGAGCCUGUGGGACGGACUGGAGACCGGCUCCGACACUCUGGUGAUGGUGAUGGGUGCCACUAACAGGCCGCAGGACGUGGACGCAGCGAUCCGCCGCAGGAUGCCUGCGACCUUCCACAUUCCACUUCCGAACACGGCUCAGAGGAAGGAGAUCCUUCACCUCAUCCUGUCUGGAGAAAGCCUGAAUAAGGCAGUGAAUCUGAUAGAGAUUGCCGAGCAGACGGAGGGAUUUUCGGGCAGCGAUCUGAGGGAGGUGUGUCGCGACGCCGCUCUGUACCGAGUGCGAGAUCUCAUGCGCAAACUGCAGCUGAAACAAAUCACACAGCGACUACGACUCGAACACGAUGAAGACGAUGAGACAGCAGACAGUGUGUGCCUGAGGCCGAUCUCUCACCUCGACCUGCUGUUCGGAGUGGAUAAGAUGAACGAGGCCAAACGGGCCACAGCUCCAGCUCACAGCGGUGCCGUGUUUGUGGACUGACACAUCAGGACCUCGGUUCUGUGUGUAUAAAGUGUUGACAUUGCUUGGCCGUGAUCCAGUAUAAAAUAACCCCUUUGGCAGAACAACUGCGCCUGCUGUCUGUCCGCUCUACGUCCACACGCUUUCCAGUUUAAAAUCACUUCUGAUCACCUGCAUGUUCGUAAAUCAGCAUUAAAUCACAGCACGGCUCAGAGUCCUCAGUGCAAUACUCUCAGA